AUGGAUACAUCCUCAGGUGCUGGAUUUAGGUCUAAGUUGGAUUACGGGUCCGGUUUGUUCCGUAUAAGGAUGAAAAUACCCGAAAAGAAAACAGAAGGAAUUGUUACAUGCUUUUAUUUAACAUCGGCACCGGAUAAUCAAGAACCUGGGAAUCAUUUUGAACUUGACUUUGAAUUCUUGGGCACUAAUGGAACUGUGCAAACCAAUGUUUACGAUUACGACGGAGGCCACAGAGAACAAAGUUUCAAACUUCCCUUCGACCCGUCGCAAGAUUUUCACACUUACGGAAUCCUUUGGAACCCUAGCCAAAUUGUAUUCUUUAUCGACGGAAUUCCGAUAAGAGUGUUCAAGAACAACAGUGCACAAGGAGUGGCGUAUCCGUCAAAGGCAAUGCAUAUUGAAGCAAGUAUAUGGAAUGCAGAUUGGGCCGGGCCAGUUGAUUGGGCCCAAGCCCCAUUUGUGGCCCAUUAUCAAGAUUUCGAUUUCUAUGCUUGCCCUACUCAAAACGACGACGUUUCUAUUUGUGGGAAUGGGCACUAUUUUUGGAAUAGGCGUCGACACUUGGAGCUAAACGACGAGCAAAAGCAACAAAUGAAGAGUUACAGAAGCGCGUACAUGACUUAUGACUAUUGUUCUAGUCCUUCUACUAGCAAACAAGAAUGUUCACUUAAUUGA